UUGAAGUGGGAAGCAAGUUUCAAAGUAAAAGCUCUGCUAAUAUCUUCAUGCUGGCUUCCUGCUCUCUGCCACUAGUCAUCCUUGUCGGCAUGUUUACAUUUCCCCCUGCUUGCGGUCUCUUUAUCAGGCAAUGGGUUGUUCUGUCGUCUAGUAUAAAGUAACUGAGCGAGAGUUUUGUGCGCGCACGUACUGCACACAUGCAGUUGGCUCAGGAUGACACGGACCGCUACCACGUUGAGCAUUUUCUUCUUGUUUCUUCAUAUGACUUCUGGGGAAAGUUGUUGCACCUCAGCAGAUGGUGAUGGGACCUUUGGAGAUGAUGAACCAGACAGUUUGGACAUCAACUGCUUCAGUCAGCUGGAAUUUAAGGAUUCCUACAGCAGCUUGACUUGCAAUUUCACGGAGCUGCCUCCUCCCGACACUAACUAUAGCCUGGCUGUGUGUACCAAGGAAGACAGCAGUUAUAUAUGUUCCAAUAUGGAGAAACAUGAAGAUGAGUAUUUCUCGCAGUUUACUGAUAUACUCUCAAAAAGAUACGUUUGCAUGGACUCUGAGAUGAAAAGAAAGAUCUGCAAGAGCCUGAUACUAACUGAAAUUGUUAAGCCAGAAAUACCUUUUGAUAUAAACAUCACAUACCAAAAGGAGGCAAAUGAAUAUCUUAUUCAUUAUAGUACACCACACUCGUGGAAGAAAUACUUAAAGGACAAAUUAAUACACCAAAUAGACUAUCGUCAGAAAGAAGGGAUUUGGAAGACAAUAAAGUCUCAAUACCUGCAGAUAAAAUUACUAGGGAAAAAUCUUGAAAAAGAUGCAUCGUAUGAGGUGAGGGUCCGUUCAGAGCCCAAUGGAGAUUAUUUUAGGGGCACAUGGAGUGAGUGGAGCCCUUCCAAGAGCUUCAGAACAAGCAGGGAACACUCACUGGAGAAAGACACCGAUAUGCUCAUGAUUAUACUCUGCAUACUGGGAUUAAUUUUGUCGAUUGUCAUGAUUGUCCUAGUCCUAACUUUUUGGGAAAACAGGAUCAAGCCUGCUGUGUGGCCAAACCUUCCUGAUCACAAAAAAACUUUGGAGCAACUGUGCAAGAAGCCAAAAAAUAAUUUUGAUAUAAGCUUUAACCCAGAGAGUUUUGGCUAUGUUCAUAUCCAUAAAGUGGAUGGCAUUCAAGCAAGAGCUGAAAUGGAAAGCUUUCUGCAGAUGGAAGCUGCUCUGCGGGCAAAUAUUCCAGAAAAGGAUAGGAGUGGAUCAAACCUGAAGAUGAGCCCUACUAGGAUAAACAAAAGCCACUUAAACUUGCCUGUGACUUACGGAGGAAUCUGGCCAGAUGAAGCUUUGAAUGGGUCUUUUGGUAAAAGCCAAUUUCUGACCACUGAAGAGUUUAGCAGCUCCAGCACAUAUGAAGUUUGCAGCAGCAACGUGGCCCUGUGCAACGGUGGUCCCAGCCUCCACUGCUCUCCUCCCUUGUACCCUUCAGGCCAAACCCAACCAGAUCCGGUAUCACCUAUGCAGCCAAACAGUGAAAUCAGAUCGGCAAGUAAUGAAGAUGAAUAUGUCACAAUGUCCAGCUUUUACAAAACUCAGUAA